GCCUCACUGUGACCUCACAAACAUGGCGGCGCCCGUUAGCAGCUUCAGUUGGUUCAUUUCCGUUUCUAGAAAAGUGGGAAGUUAUCUGUUUAAUUCAGUUGUUUUGGCCCAGGCGGCGACGUAUGGUAGGAAAAUGGACUCGGAGAGACCAACCAAGCUGGAGUUUGCCGUGCAGAUGACAUGUGAGAGCUGCGCAGAUAAAGUCAGAGCCGCUCUGGAGGGAAAACCAGGGGUGAAGUCUGUCAGUGUCGACGUCAGUAAGGAGGAGGUGUUGGUGGAAUCUGCUCUGACCAGUGCAGAGGUGCAGGCUCUGAUAGAGAGCACUGGGCGCAGGGCGGUGCUGAAAGGCUUCGGAGGCUCAGAGCGAGAUCUGGGUUCAGCAGUGGCCAUGGUGGCUGGUGCAGGAGCCGUCCAGGGGGUGGUGCGUUUCCUGCAGCUGUCUGAAGGGCGAUGCCUGAUUGAUGGGACCAUUGACGGGUUGGAGCCUGGACCCCACGGCCUCCACGUCCACACCCUGGGGGACCUGACACUGGACUGCCUCAGUUGUGGGGAGCACUAUAACCCGUUUGGAAGACAGCACGGCAGUCCAGGGGACUCUGAAAGGCAUGUAGGUGAUCUGGGGAAUAUCGUUGCUGGACCAGAUGGCAGAGCCUCAUUUAGACUAGAGGACAGUCAGAUAAAGAUAUGGGACGUGAUUGGCCGAUCGCUGGUCGUGGAUUCAGGGGAGGACGACCUGGGUCGAGGCGGUCACCCUCUCUCCAAACAGACUGGAAACUCUGGGGAAAGACUGGCCUGUGGGAUCAUCGCCCGAUCAGCAGGUCUUUUCCAGAACCCCAAACAGAUUUGUGCGUGUGACGGGGUCACUCUGUGGGAGGAGAGGGAGAGGCCGAUAGCGGGGAAAGGUCGAAGCAAAGCCAACACGGAGACACCGGCAGCACACCUCUGAACCUCACACAACAGGCAGCGGCCUCAUGUGUAACCCACAUUGGGUCGGCCGAACAGAAAGAGCACUUUGAGAAGGGAAAUGCAGAGGAUAUUUGUCGAAGCGAGGAAGGCGAAGGACUGAGGAAUAUGUUUCCAAACCGCGACCAAAGAAAAAUUGCCUUAUUUUCUUUAAAUAUAUGUCUGUGAUUAAAAUCAAAUGCCUCUGCGGAUGCUGUUAGAGUGUCCUCUGAGGAUUUUAAAAGCACUAAAGCAGAUUGAAACAGCCUGGGAGUUUGUAACAGUCACAUCUGAUUUGCUAGAUGUCCAUUACAUUUAUAUGUUUGAUUAACCAAUCUCCUCCAUCGAGGCCAUCGCCAUCAUCACGGUCCGAACUGAUGCACUUCUAAGAUGUGAGGUAUCCACUUUGGCUGUCUGCUGGCUGGGAUAAAUAAGCUUCAGUUUGCUAUUAAAAUGUCUAAGUUGAUUAUGUAAGCCUCCUAAAAUCAGUAGCAGUGAAAGCAUCUUCCUGCUCUCAUCACAUCAGCAAAACUCUGUGAUUCCCGGCGGGGGUCCUCGUACACCAGAGGGCAUUUCUGCAGUCCGGUGGAUAUGUGGAAACAUUGCGAAGAAGCUCAGCUAAUCUGUAAAAAGUACAAAUUUUGAUUUGGUAAAAAAAUAUGUCCAAUAAUUUGGCUAAUUUUUCCAAUUUAGGAAGUAAAUCAACAGAAAAAAAUGCUGUGAUGUUGGAGUCAACUCCACAGAAUUCAUCUUAAGUCAAGUGCUCAUUCAACCACAAAGUCGUGAUAAAAAGAUAAACGUAACUGAUAAAGGACUGAAAUGUGCAGCCAUGGAUGGAUCCAAUGUAAAAAAGUCCAUUCAUUAAAGAGGCACGGGGUAUGGGUAUUUGACUAAAAAAGGUUUAGGAACCAAUGGACCAACUCAGGACACGUGGAGGGAAUCUGGGCCACCGUUUGCUGCAUUUGGACUGAUCAAAACCUGCACUAGCUUCUUCAUUUUAAAUCCAUGAGGUGGUGUGAAAGACUGGGAAGAGCAAAUUGUCAUCCAGAGUGAAAGGGCAAGAGGGGGUGAAAGUUUCAGGGUUUGUGGGGAGGGGGUGUCUUUUCAACAUGGCGUUUCAGUGGACACUUCCUCCAUUGAGUUAUCGUCAACCUCAGAGCCACGCAACACAGGAAGCUGCUGACUGUUUGUUCCCAUUUUGAGCUUCAGAUCCUCCUGUUGUGUCCUGCAGAAAUUGCACAUGCUGUUUAAAGUCUAAUAUAAUAAUGUACAAAACUC